CUGCAGAUCAUCGGCGCCUACCGGGAGCACAUCAAGGGUGAGAGCAUCUCCCAGGUGCUCAGCCAGGCCAUCACCGCCACCCACACGGUGCACGCCGUGCUGGGGACAGCCGAGUUCUUCGAGUUCACCCUGAAGAACCCCUACGGUGUCCAGCACACCGUGACCAUCGAGGCUGACCACCCCGAGCUCAGUGUCAUCCUGGACCCGAGGGAGUGGCGUCACUUCAAGGAGCUGACCAAGAGCGUUACGCCGGUGGAGGAGGAGAUGUUCCACCUCCGUGACGACCUCAGGCCUCAGGUCUACCUGCGCCCCAACGAGACCAUCCGCAUCCCCUUCAAAUACCAGACUUUCUCCGCGGAUCCCGCCGUCGUUGCAGCGCAGGUACGUGGGCUGCGCGGGCGGAGAAGCAUCGCUCUUGCGAAGCUCCGUCCCUGUCCCGCCCCGGGCCAGGUCUCCUUCCAGGUGAGCGGGGGGAAGCCCAUCGCGCUCCUGCGGGUGAAGGUGGAGCCGCAGCCCCAUGUGGUGGACCAGACCUUCCGCUUCUACCACCCGGAGCUCACCUUCCUGAAAAAGACCAUUCGGCUGCCCCCCUGGCACACCCUCCCCGGCACGCCGGUGGGGAUGCCGGGGGGGGAGCCCGAGAUGUUUGUUCGCUGCAGCGACCCCAACAUCAUUUGCGAAACCAAAAAUAUGGGGCCCGGGGAGCCGCAGGACAUCUUCUUAAAAGUAGCUGGAGGACCAAGCCCGCAGAUCAAAAAGUUCUUUGUUGCUAUCUAUACGGACGCCUGGCUGGCGGCGCCCGUCCAGAUCUGGCAGUUCUACCUGCACUCGCUGCAGCGCCUGGACGUCAGCUCCAGCCCCGGUGUCUCCGUGUGGGCCCACCAGCUGGUGUCCUCCUGGCUGCUCUGCCUGUCCUGCAGGCAGCCCCUCAUCUCCAAGGUACGGCGGCUCUCGCGCUGGAAAGACGCAGUGACGGUGCUGGACCGACAGUCACGGUCCGGCCGGUAG